AUGUCAAUAGACCUCGAAUGGGACAAACUGGAUUCCUCUCUAUCAACGAAACUUGUCGAGAUACUCAACAGGCAGCUAUCCUCAACAUCUCGCCCGUCUUUCAUCGGUCCAGUAGAAGUCACGUCCCUUGAAUUCGGCUCUACGGCACCUGACGUUGAGCUGGUCGACUUACGAGAUAUUUAUCGCGAUUUUCUCGAAGAUAACGAGGAAGAAAAGGACCCGGUGAAGGUGACUGAGGGCGGAGACGACGAUGACGAGUUUGAAUGGGUGUCAGCGACGGGCAGCGCACAAGGAGGAACGGCUGGCCUUACCAGCAAUCCUCACGUUACGCGCCUCGGGCGGGUUCCGCCGAUAUGUACUGCCUCUGCACCGUCGCUGCGCUUGCCGGGAGAUAUCUUCCGAAUCAAGCUCUCUGUUACUGGGCUCAUUUUCACAGGCGAGAUUGCUGUCGCGUAUGAAGGGGAACGUCGGCGGGUGCAUCUCUGCAUACUGGAUGAGUUGGAUCCCUAUGGUCCAGCUGGAGAUCGGCCAAAACCGGAAACAGACAGUCCUAAACCCCUUCCUAUAGGACAACGUCUCCUUCCAUCCAUAUAUAUCGAGAGCGAAAUAGGACAGGCAGAUAAACACGUACUCAAAAAUGUGACGCGUGUGGAAAGAUUUAUCCAAGAUGUGAUUAGGAAGACCGUCGAGGAGGAGCUUGUGUUCCCUAAUUUCCACACGCUGAUCAUGAGCGAUCCAUAA